GAAAAAAGAUAAACAUCCAUACAUCGCCACUUGAUUCCCUAUGUUGUCCAUAAGGUUUGUCCUGAAAUUUCAAUUUCGGGACAAAUCAGAAGCAGCUACAAAUGAUUUCCCCAAGUGGCACCAGCCCCUACUGGAGGGGUAAAAAAAGAUGUCAAAAUCGACACUGUUGGCUUGAACUGAUUGCCGAUUCCAUUUCAAGCAGGAGCAAACCCAAGCUCCAUGAGUUGUGUAUCGCUUAUCUCUAUCUCAGGAUGUCCACAGUCUGUCCGUUUCUGGCCCUUUUUGUUUGUCCCACGAAACCUGAACCAAAUGCGUCAAUUUGCAUAAAUUUCCAACGGUUUUAUGGUUUGCGCAACACCUGUACUGUACAAACUUCCACUCAUAUCUUAGAUUAACUGGGAAGAGAUGCGAUAUCCAUGAGCACAUUUCCUUGUGUAGCUCGACCCUAUAACUUAGGGCUAUCGAGAAAAACAGUUACUGUAACGGCCUUUCAGCAUGAGAAGAAUCCAUCUAUAAUAU